CGAGCCCGCAUUUAGUUCCACUUGACCUUAACAUUUGCGCAUGCUUCGACGUUUUUUCGCGAGUUUUCACGAAAUUUAAAGAUGGCGCAGCAAAUGUUUUUGGGAGGAUACGUCUGUCAAAGUUGUCGUAACUUUGCGCGUGUUAGGCUGCUAGAUACACGUGCAAAUCAAUAUCUUGCGAGUUCUUCGAUUCUUUCAAGCAGACUUCGACAAGGAGAAUGCUAUUCUCAACAGAUCAGAUGGUAUGCAUUCAGAAGACCAAAUGAACAACCUGGGUUAAUAGGAAGGUUUAUAGAAAAUAUAAAGGAAGGCUUUGAAAGAAACAAAGAAAUGCAGGAAAAUAUCAGGAAAUUUCAAGCAGAAACAAAAAAAUACGAGCAGACAGAGACAUUGUCGGGGAGAGUGAAGGUUUUCAAUAAGAUUAAGGAUAAUGUGUCAUCUGCAUCAAUGAAAACUUCAGCUGUUGUGAAGAGCUUUUCAGGAGCAUUUUCAACAAAAGUCUCAAAGGCAUAUGAAGAGGCAACAUCAAGUGAAGCAUUUAAAAAAGGAAUAGAGGUCACUGAAGAGUUUGCAAAAUCUGCUAAGGAAGCUGCUUCAAAGGUUCAAGAGCAGAGUGAAAUCCUUGGAAAAACAGAAACAUUUAAGGCUGUAUCCACUGGUUUUAAAACUGUAAAGCAUGAGAUUCUUGAUGAAGAACUUGAAAAAUCAAAGCCAUACAGAUCCCCAGAGAAACUAAGAUGGCGCACUGAACAAGAAGAAGGAGGUGCAGUGAAGAAAGAGAGGAGAAUUGAAGCAAAUGAGGAUGCAACUGGAGUGGUGCUACACAAGGAUUCAAAAUGGUAUCAACAGUGGAAAGAAUUUAAAGACAACAAUCCUGUUGUCACAGGGCUUUUUAAUCUUAAAACAAAAUAUGAUGAAAGUGACAAUGUGGCUGUGAGAGCAUCGCGAGUCGUGACAGAUAAGCUGCAAGACAUUUUUAGUGAUGUGUUUUCCCAGUCUGAUACUGCAAAAACAAUGGCUGAAAUAACAAGAAUUGAUCCACAGUUUAAUAAAGACAGCUUCCUAAAAGAGUGUGAAUUUGAAAUCAUUCCAUCUGUUCUUGAGGCUUUCUUAAAAGGUGACCUGGAAAUCUUAAAAGACUGGUGCCAUGAACCAGCGUACAAUGUCUUAGCUGCACAGAUUGAGCAAACUAAACAACUGGGACAGAAACUAGAAGCAAAAAUCCUUGAUGUACGAGAUGUUGAUGUGGCAAUGGCCAAGGUCAUGGAGCAAGGACCAGUCUUAGUUCUCACAUUUAUGGUUCAGCAGAUAAUGAUCCUUAAAGAUGCUGUUGGUAAUAUUAUUGAAGGUGGCGAGGAUAAUAUUGAAAAUGUGAGCUAUGUGUGGGCACUGUGUCGUGAUCAGAGCAUAUUGGAUCACAGAUCUGCUUGGAGGGUGUUGGAGUUUGGAAUUCAGAAUAGCACUUCUUACCUUUGACAGUUUUUCAUUUCGAUAUUAAAUGUUAUGAAAUAUUCAAAGACAAAAACUACUGACAACUUUGUCCCCUUGUUAAAGACCAUUUUUCAGUUUGUUGUGUGUUUUUGUCACUUCAAGAAGGAGGAACUUGAAGUGAGCUAAAGUCAUGUGAAACAUGAUUUUAGGAGUAACAUUUGCUAACAUUUUGCAUCAUCAUGUAUCACAUGCUAUUUUUCUUGGAUGCUAAAGUGAUAACAAUUUUCUAAGUAGCCAAACCAAUUCUACUGAGUAGAGAUUAUUAUUUAAGGCUCAAUUACAGCUGCUCUUUUUGAGGUGGGAGAAACAGAUUAAAGAAACAGGAAAUAUGCAGUAUCAAGUAUUAAAAUCAGCAAUAAUACAGCUCUUGUGGUCAGCUUCGGUUUGGUUGUCUAUCCAAUUGUUGAUUUGUAAAUAUAUUGUACAGUUGGACAAUUUUUUAAGAGGAAUUGGUGAUUAUACUUUAGUGCUUCCAGUUUGGCGUAUGUUGUACCAAUUGCUGUCAAAUGCUUUCUUUUGUUCAUGAACAUUUUAAUAUAUAGAUUGAUAGUUCUACUAGUAGUAUUACUAACCAAACUGGUGUAGAGUAAAAUAAUAGAAGCAGAUAUGAAUGUCACUGAAUUAAACAGUGUAUGGCAUCA